ACGCAAAUUUCUGUUGGUUUGGAAAUCAAACAUAUCAUACAAGGAACCAACGCAUACGAAACCAAGUAGAAAUGGACGACCCGCUCACGCAGAGUCCCGACCCCCUAGACGAGUUAGGUGGCCUUGUAGGCGAGACGUUGAACCUAUUUGAUGCACCGGUCAACCCCGGCAGCGCAAGUCGUAGCCCGGCUCAAGCCCUUCCCGCCCAGCACUCGGACAGUCCUGGCUUUGCUUCAGCAGCCCUGGGAACGCGCUCUCCGGAUGCAGUGGCGCAGUCGAUAGACUUGGACUUGCUUGGCGCGGGGCCAGCCGGAACCUCCUCGUUGCCACGCGCAGCGACGGGGGCACCAGAGGUGGAUGUUCCGCUCGUUGGCGAAGACGAUGUUCAGCUAGGCUUUGGUUACGAACCCCCCUCUCAGCCAGCUCAACCAUCGUUUGGUGCUGGUCCGCUUGGCCACAUGGAGUCGCACUCAGCCGCUGCCACGCAGCCCAGCCCGCGCGACUCCUACCGCGAGCUCCAGCCCGACGACGGCCCCAGCGCCGGCGCCGGGCCCAGCACCAGCGCCGGAGGCGCCUCCACCUCAGCCGCCGGGGCCGGCGGCUCCGAGCCGCCGGCCAUCCGUGUGUGGGUGCGGGAUCCGGAGCGCUCUGAGGCGCCGAGCAAGCUGGGCAUUCGCACCACCUACUUCACGUACCUGGUCCGCACGGAGAGCGUGCUGCAGGGCAUGCGCACCGACGGCACGGAGGUCCGCCGCCGCUUCUCCGAGUUUGACGCGCUGCACAAGCUAAUCAAGGCCCACUACCGCGGCUACAUCAUCCCGCCGCUGCCCGAGAAGUCCUUCAUCGACGCCAAGCUGGCGCACGAGGACUUCCUGCGACUGCGCCGUGCCGACCUGCAGGCCUUCCUGCGCGGCAUCGUGAGCCACCCGGCGCUGCGUGAUGCCGAGGCGCUCAAGCUGUUCCUGCUGCAGCCCGGCGAGCUGCAGUACAACCCCGCAUGGAUCAGCAUGCUGCACGGCAUCGGCAGCACGCCGGACGGGAACGAGGGCAUGGUGGGCGCGCUGGGUGUGGGCGGCGGCGGCGCGGUCGCCACAGCCAAGGCGACCGCAGGCUUCAACAGCCUGGUGGCGUGGGUGCGACACAGCGUGGGCGUGGCAGCCGGGUCGCGGCGGGAGCUGGACGAGGACGAGCAGCAGCUGCGGCACGCCAAGGAGCUGAUGCGCGACCUGGAGCGGCUGCUGCAGCUGUGCUGCGAGUCGGCGCGCGUCAUGUGCGGCCACAUGGAGUCGCUGGCCAGCGACAUGUACGAGCUGGGCAGGAACAUGGGCAUGCUGUCCAAGUGGGAGGAGACGCUGCGCGCGCACAGCGGCACCUACACGGAGGCGGGCUACAGCGCCAGCAAGCGCGCCGCGGACUGCAAGCAGCUCAGCUACGCCACGGCGCGGCAGCACACGCUGUGGAAGAGCGCGUCGGUCAAGACGGCGGCGAGCCUGGUGGCGCUGCACGACUACUACAUCAUCAUGCCGGAGGCGGUGGCGGCGUUGGAGGAGCGCGAGCGGUGCCUGGACCAGAUCCACGACCUGGAGGCGGAGCUGGCGGCCAAGCAGGCGGAGCUCAGCAAGAGCGGCGGGGCGGCCGGGAGGGGCUUGCAGGGCCGGCAGACGCAGGGCGACCGGCGCGCCUACACGCUGACCAACGCCGUGGACAAGCUGGAGGAGCAGCUCAAGGCGUGCCGCGACACGUACGCGCUGGUCAAGGGCCGCAACAGCGAGGAGCUGCGGCGGCUGCACCUGAGCCGCGAAGCGGACUUCCACGCCAUGAUGGCGCACUACAGCCGGGUGCAGGCGCAGCUCAUGCAGGCGGCCGCCGACAUGUGGCGCACGACGGCGCGGCAGUUUGCGGGCGAGCCGGUGGACAGCGGCGCCCUCCCGGCGGACGGCGACUCGCCGCGCUUGGACGAGUGAGCGCUGCUGCUGCGGCGGCGGCAGCGCGUGCGUGCAUAUGUGCAUGCUGAUGUGUUGGCGUGUGUAUGUGCGUGUGUGUAUGUGUGCGCCAAGUGCAGGCGUCGCUUGGGGCUGGGACGGCCAUGUGCCGGUGGUUUAUGAGAGAGGGCUGUGGGCUUGGGCGCCUACGUGUGUGGGAUGAAGGGUGGCGCUUGUUCAACGGGUGUGGGCGAGACAAGGGAUGCUGGCUGGCUUGGGGUGUGCAGAUGCAUGGCGUGGCAUGUGGCAACGUGGAACAAACUGUACAGCAGGGGCGCCCGUGUGUACAGGCCGCGCAAUCGCGGCCUUUGGGGGACGGGUUGUCUGGCUAGAUGAUUGCUUGAGCAGACUGGGUGCAUACACUGGGAAUUGCGCCCUGUCCGUUUCAUUGGACGGGCGCCGGGCCAGUGCGAAUGUGUGGACAUGGGGUGGGUGCCACUCAAGGACUGAGUCCCGGGUGUGACAUGGGGGUGGAUGUGAGGAUCUCGGCGCGUGCAUGAUGGGAGCGAGCAAGCAAAUCUGCGGCGCUGUGACGGCUUCACGAGUAGAUGCGUUGUGAUUGAGCUGCUGAUACUUGGUCUAUCAGCGCGUGGACCACUUCGCCUCUCAGCAUCUCAUACCUCCUGACACGCAAACGUGAUAAAUGACCUAAGCGUGACUUGUCGUCUGGCCAGGCAUUCCUGUCUGAGCCACGACAACGCUAUCACCCAGCCAGCACGCGCCUCUGUCAUGUUGAGGCACGCCUGUCUUAUGCACGGGGUCGGCGUUACUGGGUCGCCAGGGCUUGGGCCCAAGAAGGCAAGAACCCAUCGUGGUAUCCGGAAUGCUGUAGAGGACUCCUGAGCAA